CUGCGUCUUUGGCGGAAUGUUUGAACCAUUUAUACAAAUCCAGGAUCAUGAUGGCAGCGAAAAGCGCAAAUAAUAUUACACCAACUCGGUGACAAAUCGCACUGUAGACAUAUCGAGCAAUACUGUAACAUGGAGGCCAGAGGCAGUCAGGAGCAAAAUGAAAUCGCCAAACUGACGCAGAUGAAGUCGAAAGUAAACAGACUGAAGCGGAGCCCGAAAGCAGCAGCGCCACUAAACAAAAACACAGGCUUGUGUUUUGUAGCCGAAUUCAAAACACCGACACGUCCAGCAAGAGGUCAGUUCAGAAGACUGAUCCCCGACGACUCCCCCAGCAACGAUCCUGACUGCCAUCAAGACAUUAUAUGGGACACAACAUCUCCAUCACCCAUUCGACAUGGUCGUGGACAAAGGAGAGCUGCAAAUGUCCGAGCGGUGGAUAUAUCAGACAUUGCCAAUCGGAUCGCUCCUAAGAGUGGCAGAUUAGAGGAAGCAGACUCUUCUUUACUGCAGUGGAUUGAUGAUAGUGCCAUUCCCUGCACACCAGAAGUACAACAACACAAAGUCAAGCACACGACCACAAAACAGAGCACCGUAGACGAUCUCAUGCGUUUGGCCAAGCAGUUUGACUUCAACAUGAGGCAAGAUGAAGCUCAGGAGAACAAAUCUGAUGUUCCAAAACAGCCAGCACACGCUGACCCUUUCUCAACUGCUCACUACACUUCAGCCGUUAGCAGAGCUUCUGAACGACCCAAUCACCACAAGCCUGUUAACCAAAGUGAACGUAAUCAAGAAAUGGACGACGAUCUUGAUCUUCUUUUUGAUGGGCCGACUCAGCAGCUCAGCGGACGCCUCAGUCAGACAUUGAGUUAUCGAACGCAGAACGCUGCUGAGAGAGACGCUGUGAAAUCAGACGCUUCACAAAAACAUCCAUCAUUCGCAACAGAAAGAAAUCAGGAUGAUUUUGAUGACGAUUGGAGCAGCGAUGGUUUAUUUGAGGACUCGUUGCUUUUGGAAAUGACGCAAAAUCCGGAUCUGUUUGCUGCGCCGCAGUAUAGCUCAACGCAAAAACAAGCUCACGAGACUAAAAAUACUGUCAGUGUGAUGACAAACAAACCAUGUGAAGCCAAAAAUGUUGGUACGUUUCAAAUGGAUAAAACAAAAGUCGAACAAACUUUUCCGCAGAACUCUCAGAUACAGAUUAAUGUAGGGUUGUAUGGAAUUGGAAAUCAUGUGGAAAACAAUUGCACAAAUCCAAAAAUCAGAGAUCAAAAUAAGAUCAAAAUCGUCCCUCAAAGUUACAUCAAUACCAGUCAAAAGCAGCGGUUUGAGCACAAAGCACAACACAUUGUUCAGAAGUCGUCUGAACUCAAUAAUGCUUGCCAUUUCCAGCAAAAUGGACGUAACACUAUUAAACCUUCUCAAUCAAAAUCACCCAGCAUGCAUCAAAAUCCAAUCUCUAAGCAAAGAGCGGACGCUAAUACAGGGCUGGAUGGCUUUAUCGAUGAAGACCUGGACUCCUUUUUCACUUCUUAUGACAUCUGGGAUGACGGAGUGGAGGACGACGAUCUGUUUUUUGAGGUGUGUGAUAAUCUUGAGGAAACGUCUGUGACUAAAGCACCACAAAACAAGUCAAUCGCCACCUCGGAAAAUGCAGUGUUUGCACAUCCUUAUCCACCCAAAAGGCCCUCCGCUAAUGUUUCCACGUCCAGUGCAAACACAUGGGCGUCUCAGAAAGCUGCAGGACCGGGCUGUAAUGUGUCCUGUGAUGCAGCGAGACCAUCUGGCUCCUCGAGUAAUGGAGCGUAUAAAUUUAAACAGGUGAGAAGCUCCUCUGUGGUGGGAUACGGGACCUGUGCUGCCCUCACACAGCGGGGGGGUCAGGAGAGGGGCGUUCUGGCCGUCAUCCAAUCAGAGGCGAGAGAUACGGACAAUCAUCGGUUCAAAAAGCCUCACGGUGAAUCGUUCAGGUCUGCGCCGGUUCUUGCUAAAGAUGAGUGUAACCCUGCAGUCGUGAAGUGCAGCGAUGCAGAGAUCGAGAAGAAGAAGCAGCAGGCAAUGGAGAGGCGGAGACUCAAGAUGCUGUCCAAUCAGAACCUCAGAGCCCCUUACUGAGACGCCGUUACGAUGGUGAUGAACAACACAACAGCCCAGCACAUUCUGUGUGAGUCAUUGAGUCUACACCAGCACAACUGCAACUGGUUUUCAUUAUAAACAACAAAUGUUUCCUGUUUUCUAGAUUAUAAUGAGAUCAAUCAAAGUGUCUUGCUUUACACCGGUUGUUCGUAGAUAAUGUGUAGAAUAUUUGACUCUUUAGAAAAAAGAAAUGUUGAUGAUAUGUUUUACUCUUAUCAGAGAUCAGAAUCUGUAAAUGUACAUUUCUGCUGAUAUUCUCCAUAGACCUCCACUGAUCAUCAAUAGAAAAUCAGGAGUCGUCGAAUUUGUUAACUCACUUUUGUUCAAAUUGCAUGUAAAUAUAAUAAAUAUUUUCUUUCUAAUUUUAUUUGUAUAAAUUCACCGUUCCGAAUGUUUUUCGUAUCUCUCUUUCAUUUUUUCCCCAUUUCGAAUAAUGUAUAAGAUACAUAUUUUAAAUGUUCGUUAAUUGAUUUUAUUGGAUUUUGAGUUUUGUCCAUUCAUGAGCCCUUAUUCUAAAAUAAGAAGCCCAGAAUAAUUAAAGUGAGUGAUGUAUAGUAUUCAUUGAGUUGGAAAUGUCAUUUGUAAUUAAGCCAGUAAUAAAUAACAUACAUUUUUUGUUUCUUA